UAAAUAUUGUCUUCUGACUCUCCUUCAGCUUCUGGAUUUCUGAGAAGCCCUGUACAAUACAAGAUGGAUCCUGUAGUCUUGAGUUAUAUGGACAGUCUACUGCGACAGUCGGAUGUCUCACUAUUGGACCCUCCAAGCUGGCUCAAUGACCAUAUUAUUGGGUUUGCCUUUGAAUACUUUGCCAACAGUCAGUUUCAUGAUUACUCGGACCAUGUCUGCUUUAUCAGCCCUGAAGUCGCCCAAUUCAUUAAGUGCACCAGCAGCCCUGCGGAGAUUGCCAUGUUCCUUGAACCCCUGGAUCUUGCCCACAAGAGAGUUGUAUUUUUAGCCAUCAAUGAUAAUUCUAACCAAGCAGCUGGGGGUACCCACUGGAGUUUGUUGGUUUAUCUCCAGGAUGAAAAUAGCUUCUUUCAUUAUGAUUCCCAUAGCAGAAGCAACUCAAUCCAUGCAAAACAGGUAGCAGAGAAACUGAAGGCUUUCUUAGGGAGCAAGGAAGACAAACUGGUCUUUGUGGAAGAGAAAGCCCCAGCUCAACAAAACAGCUAUGACUGUGGGAUGUACGUGAUAUGUAACACUGAAGCCUUGUGUCAGAACUUCUUUAGACAACAGCCAGAGUCCCUACUGCAGCUACUCACCCCAGCAUACAUCACAAAGAAGAGGGGAGAAUGGAAAAAUCUAAUUGCCAGACUUGCUAAAAAAAAGAAGUAGCUACUGAAGAAUGCUCCUGAAGUUUGCAGUCCCCUUUGGUGACAGCCUCAGUGCCUAAAGGAAAACCACUAGUAGAUGAAAGUUUACUAGUCCUACUUCUUUGUUUUCUUGAAAAACAAAUGUCAUCCUCGGCAUUAUCUGAAUGGGAAGCUUCACUUUAACCCUGAGGAGAGCAGUGUAUUCUGUGAAAAUGUCUUGAACUUAUGUACCAAAACCUUGAGAAAAAAAUCACUAUACAGUUUCAAGUAAAACAAAGGGGAAAUGUUGUUGAGUAAGAAGCAACUAAUAUGUCGGUGUGUCAAAGGACAGGGCAGUGUUGUCUUCAGUGCCCAUAGUAAGGGGCCAGAGAGAUGACUCAGGGAGUAAAGGUAUUUGUUGUCAAAUCCAACCCCUGAAUUCAAAUCUUGGAGACUUACAUGGUGGAAGAAGAAAACCAACUUCUGCAAGACUCUCCUCUGAUCCCUACAAGUGCACAUAAAAAAUAAAAUCUGUUUAAAAAUA